AUGCUCGGCCCAGCUUCCCCGCAUCCCCAAUGUCGACCCCGCCCCGUCUCGGGAUCGCGACGCAGGAUGACGAGGAACAGGGUUUACAAGAGCAUCAGCUUGCGGGUGCUCCCCGACGUGCAAAUUUCCAUCCCCACCAACCUCAGCACACGACCCUUCGUCUCUGAUGUCUACGGCUACUCGAUCGAGCCCAUCUGGGUCGAUGCCUACUUGAGCACGCCGUUGGCUGCCAACUUGCUCAAUAUUAUCGCCAAUGUCACUGGAAAGCACCCUCCUCUGCGCAUUGGUGGAAACUCGGCCGACGCGACAUACCAACACGCCAUACUUUCCACGGGAAAUGACUCAGUUGCCCUCCCAUCCCUUCCCGACGCCGUCCAGCUCAACAUAACCCCGACCUGGUACCGGACUUGGAGUGACUAUUUCCCCCAAGGAUCGGACCUCAUCUUCACGCUGAACUUUGCCGUUAACGACUCGGCAUGGGUUAAUGGACUGGCACAGGCUGAAGCUGCACAUGAGGCCCUGGGGAGCAAGCUCAAAGCAUUCGAGCUAGGCAAUGAGAUCGACCACUGGAUCAACAAGGGUUGGCGGGACGAGACAUGGCGCGUCGACACGUACUUGUCCCAGUGGCGAAACCUGACGGGCCAGAUUGUGAACUCGCCAUGGUACAAGAAUGCCACAAACCCGCCCACGAUCCAGUCGGGCGUGUUUGCGGACCCACCAUGGGUUCCCGACCAGCAGGACGAGAUGGAUGAUUUCGACAUCGUCAACCUGACGGCGCAAGAGUUCCAGUCGGACCGCGAUCUGAUUUCCAGCUACGCCAUCCACCUCUAUCCACAGUCCACAUGUGAUACCGAACGAUGGUACCGUAUGUCCCUGGACUUGCUGUCGAACCAUACGACCCUCUGGCUCAAUGUUUCACAGUAUAUCCCGCAAGUCGCGGCCGCUGAAGCCGCCGGGACACCGCUCGUCAUGGGCGAGACAAAUUCGGUGAGCUGUGGCGGCAGAAGCGGCAUCAGCGACACUUUUGGUGCCGCCCUGUGGGGGGUUGACUAUGUGCUCAUGGCUGCAUCGCUCGGAAUUCAAAAGGUUUACUUCCACCUUGGUGCGCAAAGCGAGUACAGCAGUUUUACGCCCCAGGGAUACGAAUACAAAAACGACACGCUGACAGCUGGCAUUCGACCGGGAUGGUACGGACACUACUUUGUCGCAAAGGCUAUGGCUGCGCCCGAGAACGAAACGUUGAGCCUUGCGGCGUUGCCGGGGGCCAACUCGAGUGAAUUGAGUGGUUAUGCCGUCUAUUCUGGAGCCCAGGUGCAGAAACUCGUCUUCCUGGACAUGGGAGUUUGGAAUGGGACCAAGGGGCUGAGCAAUCCGUCAACCUUGAACGCGACGGAUGGGACGGUGUUCAGUGAAGGAGAGCGGCCCAACACCACGUUGAGAGUUAUGACACCCUGGGAAAAGGGGAGCAGCGUCACUAUCACGAGGUUAUCAGCGCCUGGCACGAAUGCAAAGAGCAAUGUGACAGUGGCUGGCCUGAGCUUCGAUGGUGAGACGGGAGACAAAGUGGGCGAGGAGACGGUGGAAGCUGUCACGGUGGAGAAUGGCGGUCUUGUUGACUUGCGUAUUGUGCGAGCUGAGGCGUGUUUGAAGAACCCGUUCUUGAGCACUGGAACUUGCCUGCUUGUUGCAAGAACCCCGUAA